AUGGUAGCGCGAGAGCUUGGGAAGAAAUAUGUCUGGAUUGAUGCCCUCUGCAUCAUCCAAGGUCCCGACGGUGACUGGCAAAGCGAAGCUGGGAGGAUGGAGCACGUCUUUGCCAACGCUUACUGCACCGUUGCUGCAAACUCGACCAAAGGGCGGAAGGACGGUUUCCUGGAGUCAGGCCUUUGGGAUCAAAUCAACCCAGAAAGCCUGGAAUGCGAAUGUUUGUUUGAUUCAGAAGUCAGUGAGGCACCCUUGAUGCAGAGAGCCUGGGUCCUCCAGGAACGGGUGUUAUCACGGCGAAUCAUUCAUUUUACCUCGGGGGUUUUGACUGCAAGACCUGGGCAUACCUAUUGGGAAUGUGGCAGUGGAAUCCGCUGCCAGCAAUUUUCACAGCUGAGCCCGCCGAUCUACAAAGACACAUUUAUUCGUGACCCCUACUUCCCAGCGCGGCUCAAGGACGCAUCAUAUUUUCGCGCUCUUGAUUUUAUGCAGUCUCUUCUUCGGGAAUACUCACUAGCCGGGCUCACAUACAAGUCCGACAGAGACACGGCAAUAUUGAGCCUGCUCAAUCGCAUCAGCCAUGAACUCGACACAGAGGUAAGAUAUGGCGUUAUUCGCUGUUUUCUGGGUAGUCUUCUCUUGUGGAAGCGAACUGCCGAGGAGCUGACGCCCCCGAUCGACUUUGGACAACGGGCCGUGCCGUCAUGGUCCUGGAUGGCGUACGACGGAAGCAUCGAGUUCAUCAAGAUGUUUCAAUACGAGCUCAGGAUACCUCGCGACACGGUCCUUGGAUUCGCUCAAGAUGGAAAGGAACUGAAUGUCAAAGUCCGGCAAUUUGAAAGUUGCCAACUAGGAGAAGCCAAGCGAGGCGGCGGCUAUUCUAUCUCCGAUCGAAGCGAAAAGAUUGGGACACUAUGGUUCGACAUGAAAGACCGCAUCGAGUUCAAGCACUGUGUCGUCGUUGGAGCUGGUGAAACAAGACCCCGCCAGAAAAAGCUCUACGUCCUAGUGGUUCAGGAGGAGUCAGGCAAAGGAAGAUACAAGAGGUUGGGAGUUGGCAUUUUGGGUGAUGGUUAUGUGUCCGUAGAGAGUGAGCCUGGACGACUUGUGUGA